AUGCUGGAAAUAGCUAAGUUUGAAUGUACCGGGCGCACGAAGUUAAUGAACGCUGCGCUUCGGAACGACCUUUCUGGAGUGACAAGAUACAGUGAGCUGAGGGGACAGACUGAUGCCCGAGGGCGGACAGCCCUGAUGUACGCAGCUGAGAAGGGUCACUUAGAAAGUGUCAAACUGCUUCUUUCUGAGGCCUGUCUGUUGGACCAUACGGGGUACACAGCUUGCUGGCUGGCCCUGCUUAACGGGCACCAUGAUUGUGCCGAGUGUCUCCUGAAAGCUGAGCAACAGGUUUCUAAGCUAACUAAGCUUAUGCUUGCUGCAGCCAACGGAGACGCCAACCAAGUAAAGAAGCAUCUAGGCAAGCGGUGUAAGCGUUCAAGCUGCAAUGGCACAGCACUAAUGUUAGCUGCAAGUAAUAAUCACGCCGAUUGCGUUGCCCUCCUAUUAAACGAGAAUGGACUAACUGACCAUAACAGGUUUACUGCUCUAUUGUACGCUGCCAUGCAUGGCCACAAGGAUGUUGUGGAGCUACUUCAAGAGCAUGAGCUAUCUUCAUUGACCCUACGUGGAGAGACGGCGUUGAUAUUAGCAGCUAAGUAUGGACACACUCAGGUCGUAGAUGUAAUAGUAAAGAAGCAGCACGUUCAGUCUACUAAUAGCAAACAGACAGCGCUGAUGUACGCCGCGUUUAUGGGGCAUGCCGAGUGUGUCAAGCAGCUUAAACAUCUCCAAUGCGGCCAGCAGGAUGUUGAUGGUCGGACCGCGCUCUGGUUUGCAGCUAUGAAGGGCCACGUGUCUUGUGUAAGAGAGCUGAAGGACCAAGAGAUACACAUAGCCGACUACGAUGGGGUAACUAGUCUGAUGACAGCAAUUGAGAAUGAAAACACUGACUGUGCACUGGAGCUACUGCGUGAAAUAGGGCACAUAGCUAUUGAUGGCAGCACUGCGCUGGAAAUGUCUAUCAACGUAAGAAACUACCGCUGCGCCAAGGAGCUCGUGCGGAAGGAAGCGUACCUUGUUGACUACCCUUUUGAAAUCGUCACCGCAAUAUCAGAGGACUUCUCAUGCAUGUAUGAUGUCUUGUAUACUUGCACCCAUAACAGGCCAACAGAUAGAAAUGGAAAGACAGCCUUAAUGCACGCGGCACGUGCUGGAAACAUCAAGGCUGCAGAGUUCUUUCUAUGGCAGGUCGGAGCCAAGGAUAACUAUGGGUACACGGCCCUCAUGACCGCGGCUAGAGCCGGCCACUUGUACAUUACUGCCAUGCUUGCACAGUUUGAAGAAGAACGGACAGCGCAGGAUAGCUUCGGAAUGGGCGUACUUUAUCACGCAUUAAUUGGAGGACAUACCGAUACAAUCCUUUUGCUAAAGCAGCUGAUGGGAGACAACAGCAAGGUUACAGAUCUUAUGGUGUCUGCGGCAAUGGGUAACUAUCAAGGCAUAAAGGAACAUAUAUCACAAGCAGGUCAAGGAGACGUUCAGGGCGUUACUGCACUGAUGUACCUGGCUAUGACAGGAGGACGAAUCAGUAAGAACUGUUUGAGACCUACACGGUACUGGAAUACGAGUGAGUACACAAUAAUUACGCAGGCCGAUACACUGGACUACAUGUCUCUAACAACUGAAGAAGUUCAAAUCCAGCAAAUGUUGAUUUCUCUGGAAAGUAAAAUGCAAGAUAAUUAUGGUAACACCGCGCUUAUACAGGCAGUGCUCCAAAACCAAUUUGAAAUGGUGCAGAUCUUGCUCCCAUACGAGCUGUCUAUAAAGACCACAGGGACAGACGGUGGACGGUCUGCUCUGGACUUUGCCAUCGAUAAUAAUCAAUCUCAUAUUGUCAGGCUUAUAACAGAUCAUCUUGUGAGGGCAAAGGAAGUACUGUGCAUGCGACAGAGGGAACCCAAAAAAGCUAUCGCGCAUACAACGGAUUUGAUGAAAGCAAUCGCUGAUGAUGACUUAGUAGAUAUGUCUGCAUACAUUGAUGACAUAGGAGUAUUUUGCACAGAUCUAUUCGACGGAAAGGGUGGCACAGCGCUCCACAUUGCCGCCUCCAUGGGAAUAUCGGAGUACAUACUCUCUCUGUUCCCAGAGUUGGGGAUAUAUGGAGAACACCGGUACACUGCUCUGAUGGCUGCCUCUGAGAAUGGCUGCCUAGAAUGCAUAGAUAUCCUGCUGUGUGAAAUGACUGUUCAAACGAGAGAUGGGAUGACGGCUCUAAUGUAUGCUGCUCGUGAUGGCUACACGGACAUCGUGGCCGUCCUUGCGUGCUUUGAGGCAGGCCUUGCUGAUAACGACGGAAAGACUGCAAUGAUGUAUGCAGCCGAAAGAGGAUAUGUAGAGUGUGUGAGGAUUCUGGCUCCCUAUGAACAGAAGCUUCAAGAUGCGCACAGCAAUACAGCACUAAUAUACGCUGCAGAGAACGGAUAUUCGGAAUGCGUGGCAACUCUUAAUAAGGUGGAAGGGCAUAUCCUAUCAGACCUGGGUGUCACAGCACUGAUGGCGGCGGCAAUGCACGGAAGACCAGAGUGUGUGUCGAUUCUAUUGAAAGACCUGCACGCGAUGACGGAUAAUUCUGGAUAUACUGCGUUGAUGUAUGCUGCCACAAAAGGGUACACUGCGUGCGUUGAAUUGCUAAUCGAUGCCGAGGCGGGGGAAGUGAACCUGGAUGGAGAGACAGCCCUUAUGAUGGCUGCACAGAACGGACACGAACAGUGCGUACAGCUUCUGGUACCUUUUGAACUUAAGAUCCAAGACGACAUGGGAUGGACAGCUCUAAUGAGUGCCGCACAGGCAGGCCAUCUGAAUUGUGUAAAGCUUCUGUUGGGUGAGGCUGAGAUAUACAAUAGUGAGAACUGCACUGCCCUAGAUAUAGCCCUAAUAGAGAGAGGUAAAGAAAGUAAGGUGAAGAACCUCAAUGACUGCAUAGUUGCUCUGCGAAUGGCCACAACUUAA